GCCUUAAAAAAUUAAGUUCAGCUUAGUCAGGAGUGGGUGUAUGCAGACACCGAAAGGGACGACCGCACAUCGAUCAGCUUGACUUGAUCAAAACCAUAAUAAUGGGAAACGCACCCUCAAACAACCUCAACCGACCCACUGGACUGACACUCGAUAGCUUCGUCUCCGAACUAGGGACCGACAUACUCUAUGAGAAAUCUCUGGGUCCAGCUCGAUUCCUCAAGACCAUCAGGGCUCGCCAUAAGUAUGGUCGAAUCGUCGUCAAGGUGUUUGUCAAGACCGACCCCUCAUUCAGUCUCAAAGGUUUCGUCAGGAGACUCAAAUCAGAGCGUGGAUUGCUCCAGGAUGUCCCAAACGUAUUAACCUAUCAGAGGGCGGUCGAAACCGAGAAGGCGGGUUACCUGAUCAGACAAUGGUUAACUAACAACUUAUACGAUCGGAUCAGUACGCGUCCCUUUCUAAGCCUCGCCGAAAAGAAGUGGAUUGCUUUUCAACUGUUGACCGCUAUGCGUAACUCUUGGAAUCGAGGGGUCCCACACGGCGACCUGAAAUCAGAAAAUGUGAUUGUGACCUCCUGGAACUGGAUCUAUAUCACCGACUUCUCCUCGACCUUCAAACCAACUUACCUACCCGAAGAUGAUCCUGCCGAUUUCUCGUACUACUUCGAUACCUCCUCACGCAGAUCCUGUUAUCUAGCACCAGAGCGGUUCUAUUCCGCUGAAAUUGAGAUUGAAACAACGACAAAAGCCAAAGUCUUGGAAAGUAUGGAUGUUUUUGGCUUGGGCUGUGUGAUUGGUGAAUUAUUCACCGAAGGAAGUAGUCCGUUCACUCUCAGUCAGAUGUUCAAUUACAAGUUUGGGGAAUAUUCCGUGGAGCCGUACUUGCGUGGAAUCGAAGAUGAGAAGAUUCGGGAUUUGGUUCGAAGCAUGAUUCAGCUCAAUCCGAGUGAUCGAUUAACAUUUGAAGAGUAUUUGAACAACUGUCAAAGCAACAAAACCUUCCCUAGUUCCUUUUAUAUGUUCCUUCACCCUUUCCUUUUGAGCAUUCAAGAUCUCUCUGGCCCUUUCAAUCCACCGAUCACCCCUCGAAAGGUUCAUGUUGAUGGCUUAGGAGCCGGCCCUUCAAUAGCAGGAGGCUCGAGGCUAGGCGAUUUUUCAUCCCAUUCCAAACUCAGAAAUGACGCGGAUGGCAUCAUCGAAAAAUUGUGGUCCGAUUUCGAAUACAUUUCGGGUUUCAUGGGUGGCACCCACAGGCGAAAAGUUCACCCAAAGCCGACUGAAGGAAGUGGUGAGACCGUUCAUCCGCACUCUGAUAUGACGGUUGACCAAUCCGAAGGGACACGGCCCCAAACAUCACGGCAUGCUUGGGCCGACUUUCCUUUGAGGAUCAAUGUCCCAGGUCGUAAUGUUUGCCUACGGUCAACACCUGAGCUUUCAAAAGGCUCUGUGGAUGAUGAUGUCGCCUUGAUCCUUCUAUCAGUUCUGAACUCCAAUAUCCGUAGUUGCUUGUAUCCCAAUUCAGUCUUGAAGGCUUUGGAUCUAUAUCUCGCCUUGCUGGAUCAUCUGACGGAUGAGACCAUGCUGGAUCGUGUUUUGCCGUUCCUUGUUAGCCUGCUCAACUCCGCCGAAAGUUGUGAUUCGAUCAAAACUAGCACUUUGUUAUGUUUAACCCAGGUUUUGUUACUGGUUGACAUGAUUACUCCCUCAAAUUCAUCCUUGUUCCCCGAGUACCUCAUUCCUAAUCUUAAACAUUUAAUUAACGACCCUUCGGAGUUUGUUCGUGCAACACUUGGAAAGUGCAUCGGUCCACUGGCUUUAACUAGCAAGAGGUUUUUAAACUUGACGCAAGUCAUCAACCAGAGAAAACGAAUGGAGUGCGACACAAAUCAGAUGACUCCGGGGGAUCCAGUUGAUACAAUCGAGUCAUCGUAUGAUUAUAAUAUCAACGAACUUCACCGACAAUUCCAAGAAAUCGUUGUAUCGCUGCUUACGGAUAGUUCCACCGUCACCAAAAGGUCACUUCUGACCAGCCUUCCAGACUUGUCGAAAUUCUUCGGUCGAGUAAAAACCAAUGACAUCCUCUUGGCUCACAUCCUAACUUACCUGAACGAAAACGAUUACAUCCUGCGAACAUCAUUCUUCGAGCAUAUGGCUGACAUAUAUACUGAAAUCGGACCCGUAAGCGUUGAAGAGUAUUUAUUACCCAUGAUGAUGCAAGCUUUAGCAGAUUCGGAAGAAUUUGUUUCUACUCGUGUUAUUACCGCAUUGACUGAAGUCAUCAAGAAAAAGCUCCUAAGUGAGCAUAAGCUCUGGGAACUGAUUGCUGCCGUCAUAGUUCUACUAAGCCACCCGAAUUCAUGGAUCAGACGAGCAUCUACGGAACUGAUCGUCACGGUCUCCCAUGUACUGCCGACAACAGACGUGUGGUGUGUAUUGUACCCAGCCCUGCGGAAGUUCCUCCGCUGUGAUAUUGAAGACUUGACUAAGCAGUCCAUCUUGACCAACUUAGAAGCCCCGAUAUCACGAAUUGUGUAUGAGGCUGCAGUAGUUUGGGCGGGGAGAAGACAGCGCUCAUCGUUUUGGCAAUUACCAAGUGCUGCUGCUAAGAAACCACCGUCUAGCUCUGCAUCUCCAUCUACCCAACCUGCGUCUACCUCUCGCCAAUUCCAAACAAAUUUUCCUGAUAAUCACGCUUUGCUGUCUGAAGAUGAUACGGCACAACUGAGUCAACUACGCAAAAUUGGUAUGACCCCGGUGGAUGAGGUCAGGCUUAAAAAUAUGAGGCAGCACAUUGUCAAAGUAGCAGAUUCUCGUUCUAGACUUCCUACACCUAAUACUACCCUAGAAGCUUCAAAUCUUUUGGACGAUAACAAUGUUUCCCUCCAAGACUUUGGAAUCCCGCUGCAUAACAUCCUUUUGAAAAAUCCAUCGGCCUCAGAUAAUAGCAACCUCAAGAAAACUAAUAGCUCUAGCAACUUGACGGUUCAUAAUCAUCGUCUGCCCGGCAGUUUGCAGCGGAAAGUCUCUGUCGACAUUCCAUCAUCAUCAACCGAUCCGGAGCGCCCAGGUACCAGGAACGACUCACCCACAGUUACGGAUCUUCGAAGACAUCUGGUAACCCGUAAUGUCAUGAGUCCAUCGAUUCCGGGCACACCCACUCCUGAGAUACAAACAUCUCGACCUCAAAGUUGUGGCAGUUCGACUGACGCACAUCCCCUUGGCGGACUACUAGAGCGUUCGAGCGAGAUUACUGCCAAACCCAUUCUUGAGUCGCGAAACAAUGUAUCCAGUUCAAAAGGCUUCGAUGUUUCCAAAACUAAUCCAGCCACCGCCCGCGAUACGACCUCGGUAUUUGGUGUGUUAGAUACGGAAGCUCGGACGCGUCAAGCUCAUGUUGAUUUCAGUGGUCUUGGCUCUCAAGCAACGGAACAAAUGUCCAGUGUCUAUCCUCAUCGUACCCGAUCAAGUGCACCACCGCCCCAGCGAUUCAGUAGUACAUACGAGGGACAUGAUGCCAACAUCCGCUAUUUACUCGAGCGCGUCUUUCUAGACAGUUAUCGAGAUCCUUUACCCGAAUUCGGCCCGAUGGUGGCUGAAGGGAUUCCCCGGCGGAAAGCAUUUCGGUCGUUUUUGGCUGUCAAGGAGAAAAGCUCGAGAUCUUCGAGCGGGAAUUUGAUUGGUCAUUUGAUUGAACACACUGCAGCGGUUUCUAGUCUUUGUGUUUCUCCAGAUUUUGUCUUCUUCGCCAGUGGAUCUCACGAUGGGACGGUUAAGGUUUGGGACACCGUUCGACUGGAAAAGAAUGUAACUAGCAAGUCGCGUCAUACAUUCAAUCAAGGAGGACGGAUCACCCAAGUUUGUUUGUUGGAGCACAGCCAUUGCGUGGCAAGUGCCUCUACCAAUGGUACACUAUUAGUUCAUCGAAUCGACGUCAACUUCGAUAGCAACCUGCCUAGUUACUCCAAACCAGAAGCAAUUCGACAACAUAAACUGAAUUCGGGGGAAUACAUUACAUCUAUGAUUCAUUACAACACUCUGACGUCAUCCGACUUGAUCUAUAUUACCAACAAAUGCUCAAUCGUCACUCUCGACCUGAGGACCAUGCGGACUACACGAGUGCUUCGAAAUCCCAAACACUUCGGACCUCUUUCCAAAUUAUGCAUCGACCAAAAAAAGAUUUGGCUAGCCGUCGGAACUACCAUGGGCUAUCUAUCUCUUUGGGAUUUGAGGUUCGGGUUGUUAUUGAAGACUUGGAAGAUGGCCGAUGGACCGAUCCAUCAGCUGAACGUUCAUCCUACUCAGGGUAAAGGGCGUUGGGUGGUCAUUGCAGCUCUGUCAACAAUCGACAAUCACCCCGAACGUCCGACCCAUCAAACCUUACAAGUAUGGGACUUAGAAAUGGGUAAAUUGGUGCAAACCUUCUUAGUCUCUCGGAAUACAUCUGAUGUAGCUGUCGAUAGAUUUCGAGCCAAACAUGAGGGACUGGACGACGAGAAUUGCCAUUACUCCAACGCGAAGUCUGUCGCACCUUUACCCCCACAGCUGAACGCAACGAGUGCUAUAGAGCGGUUGCUACAAGAAAAUCAGUGUUUGGAGCCAUCAAAGAGACAGAACAUCCUCGGCCCUAAUCCCUCGCAGCUACUACGUCAACCACCAACAGUUUCCUCAUUCAUCAUUGGCUCACGAUAUCACGACAACAUGUCUAGUUCCGGCGAACUGAUCAUGAUGGCAGAUGAGCUCAACAUUUCUCAAGCCCCUUCGAGACCGGCUGGAUACUUGAUAAGUGCCGGCGAAGACCGCAGGAUUCGGUUCUGGGAUCUCGCUGUACCUGAGCGCUCGAACACAGUCAGCGGAUUGGAGAUGGAAGAUGAUCGGCCGCAAUUCAGGUCUGAUGCAUCGGAUACCCCGACGAUCCAUCUCGAAUACAUCGCCAAAUCCUAUCAAAGCAGUCAUCCACACCGACGCCCCAACAAUCCGUCGAGAGCCGAUGCGAAUCCGACCCCUCAUCGCUCGACCGUCGUGGCCAAUUACCAGCAAUCGCUACUCAGAAAUCACGGCGAUGCGGUCACGGCGAUCGCGGUGAUCGACUUGCCGUUUCGCUGUAUCGUCAGUGCCGAUAGAACCGGUGUCAUUCACAUUUACGAGUGUAAAGACCGCAGUCGGUUUCGAGGCGAUGAAUGAAAAUUCGACGACAGCUUAACUUGAUAUGUGUAUUUUUGUAUCAAUUUUUUUCGAGAGCUAAGAAUGCUCUUUUUUUUUUUCUGUUAAUCACUUGUAAUAUUUCUACUGACCUAACAGGCAGGAUACAAAUACGAUGCCAUGAUAUAAGCUCAAUGAUGUAUGAUCUUCACCUUCCCUAUGUUUUUCUAGUGAUUUCUGAGAGACUCUCUAUCUAGGAGAAAUAAGUGGACCAAAACCUGAAAAACAAAUCUCUGUAUGACUACACUUGUAAUACUUGUGCACCUCUUGUUGUCAUUUUGUACUGUGUUCUUUUGUUCUGUUGUUGUGUUGUGGGUAAUGUACAUAAGCCUUAAUAAGGAGGCUGGAAAUUGAAUGAGCAAUCAGAUGUGGA